AUGCACCCCUGGUUAGGCCUUACUGAGUGGAAGAGGGCGUACGGUGACGUGGUGUACUUACACGGCUUGGGAAACUCAGUCGUUGUAUUGAAUGAUCUCAAGGCGGUCAACGAACUAUUGGACAGAAAAGGUGUAAUAUACUCGCACAGGCCGCUAUUCGCAGUCAUCGGAGAACUAGUGGAGCUUGACAAGAGUACGCCGCUGCUUCCUUGCGACGAUGUCUGGAAGCUUCACAGGAAGCUGGCGCGUACUGCGCUGAGUCCUGAUGCUAUAAAGAAGUAUCACAUCGUACAGGAAGAUAUCGCUGCGUUACUCAACAAGUCGCUAUGCGAUGACCCCGACGAUUUCCGUCAAACCUUUCGACUGGCGGCUGGUCGCAUCAUCCUCUCGGUCACUUAUGGUAUCCAUGCACAAUCGUACGACGAUGAUUAUAUCCGCAUGGCCGAGCAAGCUCUAGAGUUUAUAACCAAGUCCAUGAUUCCAGGGGCGCAUCUGGCAGAUUCUUUCCCUAUCCUCAAGCCGCUUCAUGCAUUGUUCUUUGCCAAGAAAGUUCAGCACGACGUAGAUAUGGUUCAACAUCUACUGAACAAACCCCUGCAACAUGUCAAGACCCAAAUGUUCCCGCCCACUGAUCCACCUCCUUACGUGCAGGCGUUAGGAAAUGCGCCGCCGUCGCUAACUCACCACUUACUGGCCUCCUUCGGCGAUGAUGGCGAGUUUUCUAGCAGGGACGAGUACGAAGAGACUAUCAGAUGGAUGGCAGGAUCCCUCUUUGGCGUUUUACAGCUGGUGCUGAAACGGUUAUGCACGGCCAAGACGUAUUCCGUCGUCUUGACAGGGGUGGUUGCGAUGAUUAUGUACCCAGAUGCACAAGCCCGCGCGCAGAGCGAGAUUGAUACUGCUAUCGGGGAGCAUAGGUUACCUACCAUGAAAGAUAAGGGGUCUUUGCCGUACGUGGAGGCAUUUAUCAAGGAGAUUAUGCGAUGGUCCCCCGCCCUGCCUCUAAGUAUCGCUCGGCGGACCGCACAAGACGACACAUACGAAGGUCUUCUACUUCUGGUCGUAGAAACGUCUCUCAUGCUGAAUCCCAUUAUCAUUCCAUCAGGCUAUCAUAUACCGAAAGGUACAACUGUCCUACCCAAUGUCUGGUGA